GUGCUUUAUAAGAAGGAAGAAAUAAAGAAUAUUGAAGAAUGUGGAAGCUUAAGAUUGCAGAUGGUGGCAAUGAUCCAUACAUCUACAGCACAAACAACUUCGUGGGAAGGCAGAUAUUUGAGUUUGAUCCUGAAGCAGGAACUACUGAAGAGCGAGCUGAGGUGGAAGAAGCUCGUCUUCAUUUCUACAAUAACCGCUAUCAGGUUAAGCCCAGUGGUGACUUCCUAUGGCGAAUGCAGUUCCUAAGGGAGAAUAACUUCAAACAAACAAUUCCCCCAGUUAAAGUUGAGGAUGGAGAGGAAAUCACACAUGAAAAGGCCACAGCUUCAUUGAGAAGGUCUGUCCACUUCUUUUCAGCGUUGCAGGCUAGCGAUGGCCAUUGGCCUGCCGAAAAUGCCGGCCCGUUGUUUUUCCUUCCUCCUUUGGUCAUGUGUGUUUACAUUACAGGGCAUCUUAACACUGUAUUCCAUGCAGAACACCGUAAAGAAAUUCUGCGUUACAUAUACUAUCAUCAGAACCAAGAUGGUGGUUGGGGAUUACACAUUGAAGGACACAGCACCAUGUUCUGCACAGCUCUCAGCUACAUUUGUAUGCGUAUUCUUGGAGAAGGACCUGAUGGUGGCCAAGACAAUGCUUGUGCAAGAGCUAGAAAGUGGAUUCUUGAUCAUGGCAGUGUUACCCACAUCCCCUCAUGGGGUAAAACUUGGCUUUCGAUACUUGGUGUGUUUGAGUGGUCCGGAAGCAACCCAAUGCCCCCAGAGUUUUGGAUUCUGCCUUCAUUUCUUCCCAUGCAUCCAGCAAAAAUGUGGUGCUACUGUAGGAUGGUUUACAUGCCUAUGUCAUACUUAUAUGGGAAAAGAUUUGUUGGUCCAAUCACACCUCUCAUACUACAAUUAAGGGAAGAACUCUAUGCUCAGCCUUAUGACGAAAUUAACUGGAAGGGAGUGCGUCAUCACUGUGCUAAAGAGGACAUCUACUACCCUCAUCCUUGGAUACAGGACUUUCUAUGGGAUAGUCUGUACAUAUGUACGGAGCCUCUUCUUACUCGCUGGCCAUUUAACAAGAUGAUCAGGAAAAGGGCUCUCGAAGUAACAAUGAAGCACAUUCAUUAUGAAGAUGAAAACAGCAGAUACAUUACCAUUGGAUGUGUCGAAAAGGUGUUAUGCAUGCUGGCUUGUUGGGCUGAAGACCCAAAUGGUGAUUAUUUUAAAAAGCAUCUUGCCAGGAUACCAGAUUAUUUAUGGGUUGCUGAGGAUGGGAUGAAGAUGCAAAGUUUUGGCAGUCAACAGUGGGAUACUGGUUUUGCCAUUCAAGCUUUGCUUGCUUCCAAUCUAACCGAUGAAAUAGCACCCACACUUGCUAGAGGACAUGACUUCGUCAAGAAAUCCCAGGUUAAGGACAAUCCAUCGGGUGACUUCAAAAGCAUGCACCGCCACAUUUCCAAAGGAUCGUGGACUUUCUCUGAUCAAGACCAUGGAUGGCAAGUUUCUGAUUGCACUGCAGAGGGUUUAAAGUGUUGCCUGCUUUUAUCGAUGAUGCCACCGGAGCUGGUUGGUGAAAAAAUGGAACCUGAGCGGUUAUACGAUGCUGUCAAUGUCCUAAUUUCCCUGCAGAGUAAAAAUGGUGGUUUAGCAGCCUGGGAACCAGCUGGAGCAGCAGAAUGGUUAGAAAUGUUGAAUCCCACAGAAUUCUUCGCGGACAUUGUUGUUGAGCAUGAAUAUGUUGAAUGCACUUCAUCAGCAAUUCAGGCUUUAGUUUUGUUUAAGAAGUUGUACCCUGGCCACAGGAAGAAAGAGAUAGAUCAAUUUAUUACCAAUGCUGCACAGUACCUUGAAAAUAUACAAAUGGAAGAUGGUUCAUGGUACGGGAAUUGGGGAGUUUGCUUCACAUAUGGUACCUGGUUUGCUCUUGGAGGGUUAACAGCUGCUGGCAAGACUUUCAACAACUGUGAAGUUAUACGCAAAGCUAUUAAUUUUCUACUCGCAAUCCAGAAAGAGAACGGUGGUUGGGGAGAGAGCUACCUUUCAUGUCCAAAAAAGGAGUACGUUCCUCUUGAAGGAAACCGAUCAAAUUUAGUACACACAGCUUGGGCUAUGAUGGGUUUGAUUUAUGCCGGACAGGCCGAAAGAGACCCCGCACCUCUUCAUCGUGCAGCAAAGUUGAUAAUCAACUCUCAGAUGGAAAAUGGUGAUUUUCCUCAGCAGGAAAUCACUGGAGUGUUCAUGAAGAAUUGUAUGCUACAUUAUGCAGCUUAUAGAAACAUCUACCCCCUGUGGGCUCUUGCAGAAUACCGCAAGUGGGUUCCAUUGCCUUCCAAAGCGUGAUUAGGCUCUCUGUAUCGUGUAGCUCUUACAUGCAGCAUAUAUUAAUACGCAUAAAAGCCAGUUGUUGAAAUUAUGUAUUAUACCAAAAGUAUAUCAAUCAGAUGAGGAAGUAAGAUUUACCUAUUUGGAAAUCAGAGAAAUUAUACUUCUUCAAACAGAAAAUAUACAAAAAGUGUAUCAAUCA